AUGGAGCUUGGAAAGUUUGCGGCGUUUCCUGUCCAAUCAUUAUCGGAGCUCCGCCGAGGAAAGUCUAACGAGCGGAUGGUUCGAGAAAAAGUCCCCCAGGACCUCUUUGAAAAUCCGUCCGAUCUUAGACCUGCACCAGAUCUCUCCAAUUCAGUCAAGAUGACUACCGCAAUCAAGAGCAUCCGAUCCCUCGUCCCUCUUCUCGACCGCGUUCUCGUCCAACGAAUCAAGGCCGAGUCAAGAACAGCUGCUGGCAUCUACCUCCCCGAAAGCAGCGUCAAGGAGCUGAACGAGGCAAAGGUCCUCGCCGUGGGACCCGGUGGAUUCGACAAGGAUGGAAAGAGGAUGGCAAUGAGCGUCCAGGAGGGUGACAAGGUGUUAAUUCCUCAGUAUGGCGGAAGCCCGGUGAAAGUGGGAGAAGAGGAAUUCCAUCUGUUCCGGGAUCACGAGCUUCUCGCAAAGAUCAACGAAUAA